AUGGUAGUAAGGGAUGCUCAAGAAUGUUAUCUGAAUCUUUUUAUAGAAAAUCGAGAAAAGGUAAUGGAUCAUAUAAUGUUGCAGACCAUAAUAGAAGAUAAUCAUGGCGAAUUCAAUGUUAGAGAUUUAAAUGAUAAGUUAGAGGAUGCACGUGGUUCUAAGGGUAACAUGGUUAAGCACCAUAAGGAAAAUAAAAGAACUUCUGUAGGAAUGAAUCGUAAACGCAAUAAAAAUCGUGAACAAUAUUGUGAGGAAGAAGAAAUGUAUGAUGAAUAUAGCGGACAAAAUUGGCAAUAUACUGACGCGAAUCACGAUGAUAGAUAUAGAAAUGAAAGUUAUUAUGGUGAAAUGUAUGAUGAAAAUAACAGGAAGGGUCAAACAUACGCAGAUGAAAAACACAACAACCAUAAUUACACAAACGAAGAAUACUACAAUGGUGAGCCUGAUAUGUAUAAUAGCAACGAAGAGGAAAUUAUUCCUCAUAAUGAUAAUAGCAACUUGGAUUCAUUUAAUGAUGUAAUGAGGGGAUACUCUAAGGGUGGUAGAGCGCAAAAACGAGGUAAUAAAAAUAACGUAAUACCUGAAGUUAAUAGUAUGGGUAACACACAGACGAGUAACAGGGAAAUUUCUUAUGAAACUCAUCAAGAGAGUUCCCUAAAUAGAAAUUGUCCCAUAUUUCAGGAUGAUGUGGAUACCAUUCUUGAGAAAUUAGGUGAUAUGGUGCAUUAUACCGAUAUGAUUAAUAUAUUCGUUAUUGUCAAUUUGAUGGAGAGAAAUGAGUUCUUUGAUGCAUUGCAAAGUUUAAUGACGUAUUGGAAUGAUUAUGAUAAUGGUUCCAAGAUAUCAGAUGAGUAUAAACAUAAGCAGUGGUUGAAAGUCUACGGUGAUAUGACAAAUGAGCUAAUGCAAAAAGAACGAAAAUUUUAUAAUAAAUUAUACCAUAUUCUUGAUAAUACCCAUAUCCAAAAAAGAGUAUAUAUUAAUUUUAUAAAUGAAGUAAGAUAUACCUGGAUUAAAAUGAGGCAAGAAAUAAAGGGGCAAUGGAAAGGUUAUUUAGAAAACAAAGCAAAAAGAUAUAAGAGAAAAACGUAG